AUGGGGAGGGAUCCCCCACAUGGGGAGGGGUCCCCAGAGCCCACGCCCGGUUCCCAGCCCAGCAGCGAGGGGCAGCAGGCCCUCCCGCCCUUGGAGCCCAGCCUCCGCGAGCCUUUCUCUGCAGCGAAGCCCAGCCAGGCCCGAGGCCGCCGGCUCGGGUCAGGGGGCACAGGAAGGACUCUCGCCAGGACAGGAGCCGGCAGCCGGCUCGGCCUGAGCAGGGCCGGAGGUGGAGCUGCUCCCGGCAGGGCUUCCGGCAAAGACGCGGCAGUUGCCCCUGGGUACUUGUGUCUGCAGCUCACGGGAGGCCCAGCCGGGCAGGGGGGCAGGGCCGGGCCUGGGGAGAGAGCUGGGCUCUGGGAGGGCACCCACACUCGGGUCCUGAGAGGGCGGGCCAGGCCCCUGGGAAGUGCAGGCCGCUGGGUACUUCCCCCGUUCAGAGCAGGCAGCCCCCGCGAUGGCAGCACAGGCAAUCAGAACCGGCGCCGGGGACGCACCUCGUGCUGA